UUCAUUUUCGAAAGUCGUUUUCCUAAUGUGAGUUGAAUUUGGCAACGAGAGCUCAUGCAUUCUCGGAAUGCUUUGAAUUCUUUUGUGUUGUUAAUACUCUCCUUGUGGUAGUGUUUGUGUGAAAAUUUAAUGACAAGUUAAAGAAUUUAAUUUAAUAAAACGAGCAGAUAGUGCUUAUUAUCUUAGUUUUGCUUUGAAAAUGCCCCCAAAUUCGUUUAAUAGGCCGCCAGCUGUUCGAGCUAUCAGUGAAUCUGAAAUAUUCAGUAAACGUAGUGCAAUAAGGACAGACUACAUUCUUCAAAAUUUAUACAAACAUUUGAUAAAGGAUGUGUGCUGUUUUGAAGCUAUAUGUCCUGCUAAUAAAAACGAAGAAGAAUUGUUCACUGAACUGAAGAAAAUUUUGGAUGAUUUUAAAUUUCGCAAUGGUUCAAAAAUCGAUAUACUUUGUUCCCAACUUGUCAUUUCAAUGGACACGUUAGGUUCAGCGCUAUAUGGGGUUUCCAACGAAUUAUUUGUGGAAGGUUAUACUUGGAGUAGAAUUAUUGCAUUCUUUGUUUUUGUCUCAAUACUAACUGUUCAAUGCGUUGAAAAUAAUCUUUCAGAAAAUGUGGUGGAUGUAAUGUAUGAGAAUUUCUGUCGAUUAGUUAAAGAAAAUUUAAAGCCUUGGAUAGAUGACCAUGGUGGUUGGGAAGGUUUCUUAAGUUUGAAAGAUGAUAGACCUGUUGGCUGGGCCAAUAACAUUUGGCGAAAUACAUAUGCUGCAGUCACAAAUUUAGUGCACCUCGCUAAUUUCCCUGCUUAAUUGUGAUAUGAACUGAAAUUAUCAUUUCUUCAAAUAAAUACUAGCAUCACUGAUGUGUAAUUAUUUCUUUAAAAGAUUCAUUAAAUAAGUACAGAUGUACAUUUUUGUUGCAACCUGGAAUUGUGUAGAUAUUCAAAUUUGUUUUAUGAGAAAGAAUUGAAGCUUUUCUACUAAUUAUAUUUUUCUGAAGCUCAUAUGUUUUUUCUUUUAUAAAAUUAUUUCAAAACAAUGGUUAAAAAAUUGUUUUGUCGCCUAGUGUAAAAAAGUAUUGUUUUCAUUCACUUAUUAUCAUAACCUAAAGUAAGAGUGUGUGCUGUUUGUUUUUUGAAAACUAAAAUAAUUUAGUUGUAAUCUUAUUCUUGAGGAGAAAGUAUAAACUAUUAAUUUAAAAUUGGCAAUUAAUGUAACAAAAUUGAUAAUAGCUUCGUAUUAAAGUUUUUUUUUAUUACUUUUAUGUAGUCAAAUUAUAAAAUAAAAUUUUUUCUAUUACUUUAGUCUAAAGUUUGAAUAUGUAGUUUAUUGAUAAAAUAAUAUUGAUUGUAUUAUUUUGUUUGAGGAUAUAUGAACCGCAAAUUUUUAAGUUUUAAUAUCUUUAUUUAAUAAUAUGGUUCAUAGGUGUGGAUGACCUUUUUAUGCAAUGUAUGAGAAUUGUCAAAUUAUUUAUGUAGAAGUUUUUUUCAUAUUGCUACAGUCAGUUUGAGUAUGUAGUUCGAUUAAAAAAUGAAAUUGUCUUUUAUGAAAAUAUAAGUCAAAUCAAGUGAUAUCAUCGAUCUGUUUUUUUCCCUUCUAAUUAUGCCAUAGUAAUAAUUAAUUUCUUUUGUAUUGUAGAAUUUUCUUUGGUUAUUUUAGGUUGUCAAAUUACUUCAAAUAUUUUAUUUUGCAUUAUUAUAAUCCGACAUGUGUUUUCUUUGAGUUUACUUGUUUCUAGUUUAAUAUUUCUUUUAAAAAGCCACGUUUUUAGUUUUUCUGUCAUAAACUGUUUUGUUUUUAGUUUUGUUUCUGAUAACAUCAAAAUAUAAUUCAAACAUUGCAUUUAAUAUUACUUGAUAAAGACAGAUUUACAAGGAGCUUAAUAUUGUAGUUAAAUGUAGUUAUUUUUAUAUUAUACUAUUAAGAGUAACUUUCCACUGUUAAACAUUAGUAAUUUCAGUAAUAAUGCAAAUUUUGUGUCAUAUUGUAAAUGUUCUAAUCACAUCUAUGCCAUAGAUAUCUGCCUUUAUUGUAAAUUGCUGUAUAAUAUGUGACAUAUUUCUAUUUAGCUGGUUUUAGAAUUUAAAUGUCAUUCUAUUAAAUACAUUUACUGUGAUAAAAUAAUUUAAAAUCUAUAUAUGUAAAGGAUAAGUCAAAUGCACACUAAUUGUAUAUAUUAAGAAACAUGUUAUUACAUUGCUUAUUCACAAUACUUAAAAUUUUAAAAAGCAUUUAAUAAGAGCAAUUUUAUAUUUAAUAUAACAGGUUCCUUUUUGAAAAAAAAAAUUUUUUUUUUUAUAUAUAUGUAAAGCCAUGUUUCAGUUAUAAGUAAAGCUCGUGCCUUGAAUAGAUUUUUUUGAUAAGCCUAACAUUUUUCUUUAAAGCAUCCUAUGUUAGUUAAUUUAAAUUUUCUUCAGUAAUUAUAUUUCCUUUAUACUUAUGUGGCUGUGUAAAAAUGUUAAGUCUCUUGUAAUGGACAAAUUUAUGGGAAUCCAUAAGCUCUUCUUGCAAAUGUUUAACAUGUAUCAAUAAAGACUAUUUUUUCUAUAA